AUGUUGGGCGGUCGUAAUAUUUGCUUUUACAUUCUCGUUCUAUACGUUCUUAGUGGUGCAUUCGGCUUAAGAUGUUACAUUGGAAGAUUUUUUGAAGUGAUAAAAUCGACGACUGCGUCAGAGAAGUUCUGUGCAGUUUACAUUGCUCUGGACUGCACUGGUGGACCAAGCGGGUACUUCGACCGGGGUUAUGCUGAUGGAACGUUUUCGGAUAAGACGAUGAUGGAGUUGAUCCCAGCAAUGACUGUCACUCUCGCUUAUCCUUUAACAUCAGGCCACAAGAAAGAGGAGGUAGAGGGUUUCUAG